CUAUAGUUAGUCCCAAUUGGUGAAACAGGAGCCUCCACAUAUCUCACUAAUGAUACCAAGCAGCACCGCCGACAGGCUGCUACGAAACCCCCAUGUGUUGCCUCACAUGCCCUCUGAUCUUGCUGGGAUGGUCGCGUACAACCGCCAUCAGGCCCUUCUAGGGACAAUGGCAGAGGCCGCGUAUCAGCAGCGCAGAGAGAGACGAGAAUCGAUACAAAUGGAUGUGAGAAGACGAAUUUCUCAGUCCAACAGGGACGCUGCUGUUGCCAGUGACAGCGACAGCGACACCGAUAUUAUUGCUGAUCUGCCCACUGAAACGACGCCCAAUCGUCGCAAACCAAGGCGCAGAUCAAUGUUCGAGGCUGCUCAGCAAUUCAAGAGCCCGGAAAAACAUUCCAUGAACGAUUCAUUUUCUUCUAGACCCACGCGGUCUCAUAGUUUCUCCUCUUCGGCCCAGACAUCACCGUCCGUGAUGUUUUGGAGCUGCGAGGGUAUCGUGUCGGGCAUUGAUAGAGUGAGAGCACGCUGUAACUUGUUAAAACGCCCCCACCCGGGUCUCUGGACUAGAAGAGCUAGCACUGGUAGUCCGACUCAUCCAUUCUGGCAUACCAGGCUACGGCAAACGUACAUAACCGCAGACAAUGAUGCAGCAUGGCGACAGGAGCGCACAGAAUUGAUGCGAGCGCAUCGUAGAGAUCGCCAAUUUGAAACCUUGAUGGCAAGACGUAGGUCACAGUAA